UCCCCCUCCUCCCUGCAUUGGUUCAUCACAGCCACAUCACAGUAAUGUCACAGCCAGGAGCAUGCUGGGAUUUGGCAUGCAAAUACAAGCUAACUAUCAUGGAAGCUGUCCUGGGACUCCUGCAGCCUUCUCCUUCCCCCGAACCCCCAGCUGUGGCUUUUAUAAACUAGACUGAACUUCCUAAACUUCAUCCUUUUUUUUUUUUUUUUUUUUUUUUUUCUCGUUACAUUUUUUCUUCUUCUUCUGGAGACGGAUUAAGCAAUACUUGCUGAGUAUUUUCAUGAAAAGUUCACGAGUUUGAGCUCCACUGUGAGUUUAUUUUUCUCUCACAAAGGGGUUUGAGUGAGCUGCAGAGGAGGAAAACAUGGCACUACACAAUAACAAGAUGGAUGCUCUCCUCUCAUGGGUUAACAGCCUGAAGGUGGACGAACCUAUUGAUCGAUUGUCUCAGCUUCAGGAUCUGAACGUCUUGAUUAAGAUAGUCACAAAACUUAACGGGAAUGCAGAAGAGACUGCUCAGAUUCUGCAGGAGCCACUGGACGACCGGAUCAAAUAUCUAUGCACCUUUUUACAAAGGUACUGUAGAUAUGGCUCCUCCGCAGAAAAUCUGGUUCAGUGGCAGAAGAUUCUGCAUGGAGAAGAUCUAGAACCUGAGCUUUCCAAGAUCAUUGUGCUGCUUCUCUACUACUCCAAUAUGAACUCAAAAAAUCCAAAGGAAGCCGAGAAUCUUGAUUACAAAACACAGGCUGAACUUGCCUCUAUCCUACGGUUUGUCCUGGACAAUGAAGAAGAGUUAUGUUUAAAUGACAACCUUACCAAAUUUCUGCAGCAAAAAGCUCGCCUUCCAUCCUGUGAUAGCAUGUCCAGCUCUGAAGAAUCCAUGUCUCCCAACAUGCCCUUUAGACGAAAAACUGAAGUGCGCUUUCUAGAGCUGCAUCGUGUUGCUUCUUCUUCCACCAUAAAAGGCACUGCGACUGACAGCCCAUCCUCUCCAAUGAUUGAAGUCCUGCACACGCCGCAGUUCCAGAUGAGACGGCUGAGAAAGCAACUGAUAGAGGAGAGAGAGUACAGAGAUGAGCUUGAGUUGGAGCUUUCUGAAAACCGGAAGCGAUUAUCUGAUAAAGAGGCGCAGAUUCUUUUGAUGCAGCAGCGCGUGGAACGACUGAUCGCACUGAGUGAGAAGCAGACUAACCAACCAGAGCCGCAAGAACUAGUGGAACUGCGUGAGAAAAAUGAGAGUUUGAUGAAUCGACUUCAGGAUACCCUCAAGCAGUGUCAUGAUCUGAAGACUGAUAAAAACCAACUAGAGCGUAAAAAUGAUCAGCUCUCUGAGGAGAACGGUGACCUGUCCUACAAGGUGCGGGAUCUGCUUAGUCGUCUGUCACAGCUGCAAAGUGCCCUGAAUGAAGUCUCUGAGGAGCACGAUCUCUUACUGGCCAACUGGCAACAAAAGCAAAGUCAUCUGGAAAAUGAGCUGAACAAUGCGAUCACUGAAAAGAAAUCCCUGGAAGAACAUCGCUCUAUUUUAGAAAGUAAGAUCUCAAUAUUGGAAGAGCAGUUGAAGAAGAUGGGGGAGGUCAAUGUGCCGGAGCAAGGCGAACGCAUGGGUGAUGUGCUUAAGGUAGAAGGGAUGAAGGAACAAGUAGCUGAACUCCAAGCAAAAUGUAUUGAACUCCAAACACAGAUAAUUCAGCUAGAACAAGAGAAGAGUUCUUUGAAAGCAGAGAUGGAGUCACAAAACACACAUCUGGAAUCAGAGAAGCUUCAACUUCAGGAAAUGAUUAAUAAUUUACAAAAUUCCCUUUCUGAGAUGGCUAUUCUGAAGGAAAAGCAAGAACAAGAAGCCAAAGCUCAAGAGGAACAAUUGGCUUGUCAGAUAACGACUUUGAGACAGGAAAUCUCAAAGUUGGAAACAACAUUAACACAAAAGGAUGAGGAGCUUAAGGGUCUUCACCAUCAAGUGGACGAGGAGAGGAAGCAGAAAGGUCAGCUCAUAGAAGAUUUGACUAAGCAAGAAGAGUCAUCGAGGCAAAGUAUUGAAGGACUCAACAACCAAGUUAACAGUUUGGGCAGUUUACUAAAAGAAUCUGAAGAUAAGUUUGUUGAGUUCACUAAAAGACUGGAGAAUGAGGCCCUACAUAUGGCUCAAUUAAAACAAGAGCAUGGUAAGGUUAUGGAUGACAAGAAUGCCACUCUUUCAAUGUUUAAUGAAUAUAAGUGCACAAAAGAAGAAGAACUUCAAUCCCUAAACCAAACACUCAAGAAUUUGGAGAAAGGCCUGCAAACAAGUUUGGCUACAUCAGAGGAAAUGAAAAGGGAAAAGGCUGAAUUAGCAUUGAAAGUCCAGGAGCUGGAUGCAACCAUUCUUGAUCUAAUCACCAAAUGUCAAAACCUGGACAGUGAAAAUGAGACUCAAAGUAAGGCUCAUGUGGCAACUGUGGAAUCUUUGAAGACGCAGAUAAAUGAACAAGAGAACGAAUUAAGACUUUACGAGCAAAAAGUGUCUGACAAUGAUUUGGUGAAUGAGGAAAAUGUUCACCUUAAAGAGCAACUUCUAUCUAUGGAGGAGACUGUCAAAACUCUGAAGGAUCUUCUAGAGAGUGAGAGAGUCUCAUAUGCUACAUCUGUUGAUGGGGGAAGAAAGAAAAUUUCUCAGCUUCAAGAUGAAGUUAAAAGCCUGACAGAAAGCAAAGACAAGGUUCUUGCUGAGUUGAGUGAAGAGAGAGCUCUUGGCAAAAAACUCGAGUCUCAACUCAUGGAUUUAGAGGAGGAAUAUAGGGUAAAACAUGAGGCACUGCAGCUAAAGCUUUCAGAAAGCUCUGCUGUGAUUAAACAACGUGAAGUGGAGCAUGAAGAGCUUUCAAAGAAAGUUGACAUCUGGAAAGUCAAAUAUGAAGAAGUUCAAAAAGGUAUUACUGAAAGUUCUGGGCAGAUGGAGGAAGAAAUUGAAAGGUUAAAAAAAGACCAUCUGGAGACUUGCCAACAUCUGCAAGCAGAGAAGAUCAAAGUUUCUGAGCUUGAAGCCAAAGAAAAGGCUGCUGCUUCUGCUCAACAAGAGAGAGUAUCAAAACUUGAGGUUCAUCUCGCUGAGGCAGAAGCAGUUAUUAGAAAAAAAGAAACUGAGGAGCAGAAACUUCUCCUAGCAAUUCAGUCUGCAGAGGAAAAGCUCAAGUUGACCCAACAAGAAGAUACAGUUCGCCUUUCUCAGUUUGAGGCCUCAUUAAAAAAUGCAACAGAGGACUUAAGUCGGCUUUCAAAAGAACUGUCUGAAGAGAAGGUUAAGAAAGCCAAAUUGGAAGCUACUGUCAAGCAGCUCCAAGAACAAAAGUCUAAAAAAAUAGUUGCCCUGGAAUCAGAGCUAUCUGGCACACUCUCUGUGGUUAAGCAGCGAGAGUCUGAUGUGCAAAAUCUUUCUAAAGAGGUGGAGCAAUUAAAACAAAAUCUAGAAGAGUCUGGCUUGAAGUACCGUGAAGAGCUAUUAGAAAACAGCAAUGAGAUUUCUCAGUUUAUGGAAGAAAAGAAAAAAACUGCGGAAGAAUUAACCACAGAGAGAGCUGCCAAAAAAGAGCUAGAGACUCGGUUACAAAAAUGUAUUGAUACUCACAAAAGUGAGCUCUCUGCCCUGCAGAAUGAACUAUCGCGUUCUCUCGAUCUCAUUACCAGCAAGGAAAAGGAGUUGGAGAGACUUGCAAAGGAAACUGCUUCAGGAGAUGAUGAAUUGCAGCUGCAGAAACAGACAGUAAACAAACUUACAGAAGAAGUGGCAACAUUGAAAUCCAUUAAAGAACAAGUUGCCAUGCAAGAAACAGAGCUAAAAGAUCAUAUUCAGAUGGCUGCAGCUGCAGAGGGAAAAAUAUCCGAGCUGAAGAUCGCCAUCUGUGAAAAAGAGAAAGAGGUUAAGCAUUUGAGGAAUGAUAUUCAUAAACGAGAGGCUGAGAAGUCUUCCAUUCAGCAGCAAUACAACGUCACAAUCACAGAGGUGCAGGACUUGAAGAUUAAGAUCACCGAAUUAGAGAAGAGGUGUAGUGCCCAGAAUGAUGAGAUUGUAAUUGCACGUAAAGAAGCUGAUGAUGCCCGAUCUCUUGCAUCCGAAAAAGAAUCCUCUUCAGAGAAGCAGCAAGAGGGAAUUCAGGUCUUGAAGUCUGAAAUCCAGCAAGAAAAACAGAGAACCUCUGAGUUAAUAAAGCAGCUAGAAGCUUCAAUGACUGUGCAGGCAGAGCAAAGAUCUGCGUUAGAUGCUUUAAAGAAAGAAUUGGUUCAUAAAGUUGAAGAAUUGGAGCAGAGUCAAAAAACAUUUAAUGAAGCCAAGAAAGCACUUUCUUCUGUUACAUCUGAGGGUCAAGAGAUGGAGAAGAUGGUAACUGAAGCUAAAGAAAACUUGGUCAAAUAUCAGACAGAAGUGGAAAAAAAGUCAGAAGAAAUAGUCUGUUUGCAAGAAGUAGUAAACCGAUACUCAACCCAAAUCACUGCCACGGAGGGUACUUGUACAGAACUAAAGGAAUUGCUUUCUAGAGAAUCCAACAAAAGAGAAGAACUGGAAAACAAGCUAAAUGGGCUUCAAGCACAAGUGGAGUCCUCUUGUAAAGAACUACAUGAAAAGAAAGACUUAAUAGCCUCACUAAAAGGGGAAACUGAGAGGUACAGAGAGGAAGCUGAUAAGCAAAGGGAGUCAGUAGAGGGACUGAGAAAGGAACUGUCUUCUCAGAUAGAACAGAGAGAAGAACUUCAGCAAAAGGUACAGUCUUGGCAAGAGACAUGUGCUCAAAAGGAGCAGCAGAUGUUAUGUCUACAAGAGCAGCUCAGCAGCUCCCAAAGUCUUUUGGCAGAACUGGCCUCCCUGAAAAGCAGUUACCAGGAACUUCAGACAGGCAGGACUCUGCUGGAGGAGCAGCACAAGGAAGAAAUGGCAAAACAUCAGAGGACAACAGAGUGCUGGCAGGCUGAAAUGGAAAGGGCUAAGGGUGAAAUAGCGGAGCUAAUGUUGUUGAAGGAGAAGCUGUGCCAGCAAGAGAUGGUGAUUCAGACUCUGCAGUCCGAGAAGAAUGGGUAUCUGGCCCAGAUCACUCAAUUACAAGAUACAAAUAGCAAACUGAUGGGGGAAAAUCAGACUUUGUCUGAGGUCUCUGACGAGGGGGAAAAGAAACUGGGAUCUGAGCUUUCUAGACUAGCAGAGCAGCACAAAAAUGAGCUAGAAUCUCUCCAACUGGAAUACAAGAAGAUGGUGAAUGAGGACAAAGAGCAGUUACAAGAACUCGGCAAGAAAUUAGAAGCUGUAACCAGCAAAUAUGAGAACGCAAAGACAAAACAGAUGGAUGAGAGACAAAAGUUUCUGGAUGAAAAGCAAAAACUUCUUCUCCAGGUGGAUCAGUUGGAGGCUGCAAGAAAAGAGCACUCUGAGCAGGUGCAGGAGCUGAACAAGCAGUUGCAUCAGCAUGAGAAGACCAUAACGUCUCAACAGCAAAAGCUGAAGGUUCAAGACAGCGAAGCUCUUAAAGAUUUGGAGUUGCAGCAGAAGAAAGUGGUAGAGUUGGAAGCACAGCUAAAGGAGAAGGAUCAGGCAGUUGAUCACUACAAAUCACAGAUGGAGAAGGCGAAGUUGCACUAUGACGCCAAGAAGCAGAAGAACCAGGAGCUGCUGGAAGAACUGCAAGAGCACACAAAGGAAAAGGAGCAGUUGCGCAGAGAAACCGGUGAUCUCAAGCAGGAAGCAGAGCGACUCAACAAGGAGCUGCAGCACUCGCUGCUACAGAGUAAAGAGGCAGAACAGACCUGCAAAACCCUCACCUUACAAGUGCGCAGUCUGGAAGCCCAGUUGGGCAAAUUUCAAGUAGCCACAGAUGCCCUGAAGAGCCGUGAGACUCUGUGUAUCCCACGAGUGACCAGGAGCCAUGCAGACGUUAGCAUAGACAGCCUUGAUAUGAGUGACGAAGAUGAGCAUCCCCUAAACUCCACAGGUAAGAACGGGCGUUCCCAUCAUGGACCCACCUCAUCAACCGUCCACGCUGAGAGUCCCGAGUCAAUGGGUUCCAGCCGCCUCCCAUCUAAAGUGGAGUCGCUAGAGAGCCUCUAUUUUACUCCUAUUCCCACCCGGGUCCAGUCCAAACUGGACAGCACUCUUGGUUCCGUUGGGGACCUGUCUUUAGACUCAAGCAAGAAGACCAGGUCAGCACGAAGACGCACCACUCAGGUCAUCAACAUCACAAUGACCAAGAAAACAAAGGAUGAACCAGAGACUGAAAGCGCCAAUACAUCCUUCUACAGCCUCCGAUCUGCUCCAUCUACCCAAAGUCUCUACCAGCAGAACACACGCAGGGGUGGGCGUCCCCAGGCUGCUAUCUCUGCCCCCGUGCUGACUAGCUUCCCAUCACAGGAGUCCUUUGGAAAGUUAGAGCACGCCUAUUCCGAUGACAGCUUGAAUAACUCUGUGCUAAUGAAUUUGCCCGGGUACCGUCCAAGCACUCGCAGCUCCACGCGCCUCUCCCAGGCUGGAGGCCGCCGGAGCAGUAUUUAUGUGAGCACUUGCCAGGAUGAGCCUGACCCUCAGGAAGACUGGAACAGAAUCGCAGAGCUGCAGCUCCGUAAUCGUGCUUGCCCGCCACACCUGAAGACCUCUUACCCCUUGGAGUCCAGGCCGUCCCUUUCAUCGACCUCUAUCACAGAUGAGGAAGUGAAGAUGGGAGAUCCCAAGGAAACACUGAGACGAGCCACCAUGCUGCCCUCCCAAAUCAAAGAGUCUAUGUCCUCCUCACGCAGAAUGACUCUAGCUCCUUCUGGGGUUGAACAUUUGAAAGAGAGUACCACAAGGCAGCUUAGGAAGCGAGUGUCUGAGGAAUCGCAUCAUGGACCUGACACCCCAGAGUCGAAGAAGUCUGCCAGCUGUUUCCCACGUCCAAUGACUCCAAAGGAUAAGCAUGAUGGGCGCAAAUUUGCUGUAGCAGAGAGCAGAACAAGCACCAGUCAGCAGCAGACACAAGCCAGUCGACGGGUCACCAUGGCCUUCAGUAUUCUCAAUACCCCAAAGAAACUGGGGAACAAUCUGCUGAAAAAGGGACUUGGUAAAAAGAACACAACACCUAAAAACUCCCCACGGGGGCGGGGCACAAGCAGCUCCUCCUCCACCAAAUCUUCACACCUUUCUAUACGCAAAUCACCCAAUAGACGGUCACCGAGGGGCUCCACAAAAUCUCCCAAGGUUUCAGGCAAGUUUUUUGAGCGCAAACAGACCAAGAACAAAUAAGAAAGAUCGUUUAAGGAGCCAACGUUAAAACUCCAGAAAAAAAAUAUUUUUUAAUCUCUGUUCCCAGAGCAAUAGCUUGCUUGUGAAUUUGGGUACCCCUUUACAGCAAUUCUGUUAAAAUAUGUGAACAUUUUGUAUAGUUCCUCUCCCCCCUCCACCCCCCUCAUGCCCUGGACUCUGAAGUACUGAGAAAUACAUAACAUGUUUAAAGCAGUCUCAGUUUUACUGGAUUUUUUUAUUAAAUUACUGAUGUGACCUGACACCAGCAAGAAUGCAGAUGACCCGGAAGAAUGUUAUGAUGCCCAUGUAGAAUAUGCUACUUAAGUUUUUAUUGUGUGGUUGUGAAGCCCAUUGCCAGACUUUGGCUUUAGAAAUACAGACGUAGUGAUGGAUGUUGUGUGGGGUUUAAAUUGCACAGCCUGGAUUUUACAGAUGAAGGGAAGGACACGAGGUCAUUAAAAUCCACAUUCAUCAUUUCCCUUUAGUUUCUUGUUGGCUUCUAGUUACCGGCAAUUGUUUUUGUUUGCCAGAUAAUAAGCUCUUUUAGUGCCUUAUUGUUGUGACCCUGUAAUGUAGCCUUUUUAUUUAUUAAACAUUCAUUCAUUUUCUGAUCUAUAUUAAAGCAGAGCUCAAUGAUUUAUUAACUUGUAUUGCAAGGAAAAAUGUGAAGCUGAACAUUACUGCAAUUCUAAAUUAUCUUAACUUUCUCAGCCCAAUUAUUUUUCCUGUACACUGCUAGUUCUUUCCGCUGCUUGCUCUUCCGGGCAGCUAUUUGUUAGCGGGUUUAAUGCAAAUGGUUACACAGUCUGAGGGCCGUUCACUCUUAGGGGUGCACGUGUCGGUCUAACCUCACUAAUACUUUUCUUAUAAAGCUGUCACACCUGUGCAUGAAUUUACAUCUGUUGAUAAACUAAUGAUUUUUUUCUUCUGUGUAUUUAAAAGUAGAAAACACUUGUGUGGUGUUUUCCAUUUGUACUUUUCAGAAUAAAUCACAAUCUUUAAUUUUGUUAUUGAUACCAAUGCUAUGCAACAUGUAUCCUCCUGUUCUCUCGUUUUCUAGUAUGUUCUUUUAUAACACGUGAUCACAAGGUUUUCACAUAGGAUAAGACAAAUAACGAAGCCGGGCAUAACCGUAGCAAGUUACAGUGAGCCCAAACAGACGCGUUUCUGUAGGGUGCAGUGAUUGGUUUUAUACUGCGCAUAAUUUAGUUCUCUCGUUCUCUUUACCUUCAAGUGCAGCAUACAGUGUACCUACAAAACAUAUAGAGCACUGCUGCUGAUUGGGGUUGCAUGAAAUGCUUUUAAAGAAAUGAAAUUCCUUGGGGAGAAAAACUGGCUGGCUAAAAUUAUUUGAGGUGAGAGAACGAUUUAUUAGCAAUUGAAACUAAACGUAGUAACUUACUGUAGCAGCUCAUGAUUGCUUAUGACAUGUCGGUUACUUAGGUAAAUAUGCUGCAGGCCUUUGUCUUUAGCUAAAAUACAACGUUCUUGUAAAUCAUGUCACUAGUAAAAGGCUUAGUAGUUGUACAUUGCUGGUAUGUAGGAAUAGCUUUGUCUAAUGCACUAAUGUUAGUUGCCUCUUGUGGUACUUAACUGCUGAAUAUGUUUUCAUUUCUAUGCCUUGCAUUUUAUAUUUUAUUUUUUGCCCCCAAUAAUUUGAUUGUUUUCUGAAUUUCUUAGUCUUGUUCUUGGUACCAUUUUUUUUCUGGAUGGUGAACAGUUUUAUUGUGAAUGAAUGUUUAAAGGCUUGUGGGAUCCUGAUACAUUUUCUUUUUUAUAUAACAAUAUUACUUAAGCAUUUGUAGGGGGUUUUGUUUUGCAAGAUCCCUCCCCUAAUACAACACAACACUGUGUACAGGCAGGUAAGGCCAAUUCAGUAACUUUUAAUCCUUCCAAAGUGAGAUAAUUACAUUGUGAAACACAUACAGCUGUUCUUUCCCCCAGACUGUUGAUUGUCUUAUACGUAUACGCUUCAUACACGCACAUUCUCUUUAUGCUGUGGAAAUGCAGCUCUGAUGUUUUUUCCGUCCUUGUAUAAUCUGAAUUUUGGUGUUAGCUGCUGCAUAUCAAGCACAUGAAGACUCAUAUUUUUUCUGCAUUGUAAAUAAAAUUAUCCACUUGUAA